GCAUGUUCAGCCACACCUGUUUCUUGAUCACUGGAGGAGCUAACAAAAACAUUCACGUUUGCAUUUACUCAAGUUUUCAAUGGGACUCUACAGCGGAUGGAUCGUUUCAGUUUUUAUUGAGAUAGAACAGUCGACGUUGCUUUCCAACAAGUAAAUAUGGGCACUGAGCCCAUCAUUUGCAGGCAGACAUCAGCGGCAUGACAUUGCGCUGGAAAAUGUAUUUGCCGAUCUUUGAGAUUGUGGGAGUAUGACUGGUGUUUACACGUAUGUUACACCCACUGGUUUCCAUUUGGAAGACUACCCUAGAGAUACUAAAUGGGUGGUGGUUUAUUUUCUUUUUUUAUUGUGGCCACGGGUGGUAAUGCCACGUAAUAUAGCCUAUUGAUACACAAAGGAGUUCUUCUUGUGUGUGGACAGUACCUACCGAAGCAAACGUAUCACAAGGAAACAUUGAAGACGAUGUCUAACAAACUUCAUAUAUUCACGAAUGAUAACAAACUGAACUGCUUAGUUUGAAGAAAUCUAUAUGGAUAAGGAUACAAUCUGACACUUGGCAAACACUUGGAAACUACACUUUUCUGCGUAAAACUAUGAGCCAUCCGUCAGCUCUAUAGGUCUCCAUUGUCUGACAUUGUUUUAGUCAUUGAGCCAUGGAAGAAGAGGGCGACCCAGUCGAAAAGAUCUCGGACGUCGAUCAAUUCCACCACGAAUCCCCCUCUGAAAACGGAGUCAUGUUGGUUGUGAACCACAGUAACAUUCAACCCCCUUUCAGCGUGGUGUUGGCUACUUUGUUGUAUUGUGCUGAGUUUGUCUGUGCAGCUGUGCUUUGCAACAUGUACCACAAGAGCGAUGACGACAUCUGGAUGGGGUUGACCAUCACCUUCAUGUUGGUGCCCGCUGUAUUGACUCAAUUGGCGCUGACAUUCAUUCAUAGAGACUUGGGAAGAGACCGCCCCCUGGUCCUCUUCUUGCAUCUACUACUCCUGGGCCCACUCAUUAGGUGUUUCGAGGCUCUGGUGGUUUAUUUUAAGGCAGGUAAAGAGGAGGAGCCAUAUGUGACCAUCUCCAGGAAGAUCAAGCUGAAGAAGGACCAGGGCACGCCCAUGGAGUGGGAGAUUGGCCACUCGGAGCGCAAGCUGGCCACCCACCGGAAUGCCUUCAAACGCACCGCCGUCAUCCAGGCCUUCCUGGGCUCCACCCCCCAGCUCACCCUGCAGCUGUACGCCACCAUCCAGGAGAAGUACCUACUCCCCACCAGAAUGACUCUGAUGAUCAUCUGCCUCAUCUCCGUCACCUAUGGGGCCCUGGUGUGCAGCGUGCUGGCCAUCAACAUCCGUUACGACGACUACAAGGUGCGGCUGCGCCCGGCCGCCUACCUCUGCAUGAUCCUGUGGCGGGGCCUGGAGAUCGCCACGCGCGUCACCUCACUGGUGCUGUUCAGCACGGCGCUCACCUACUGGGUGAUCCCUGUGGGCCUAGGCAACCUGCUCUUCUUCUUACUGCUGCCCUGGGUUGAAUUCUGGGUGCGACGCGCCUCGCUGCCCGACAACGUGGAGAAGAACUUCAGCAAGCUGGGCACCACAGUGGUGUUGUCGCUCGUCACCUUCCUGUACGCCUGCAUCAACAUCUUCUGCUGGUCGGCCGUGCAGCUAGACCUGGCCCAUCGCGACCUCAUCGAGAAGAAGCAGCGCUGGGGCCGCCUGGCCGCAUACUACGUCGGACGCUUCCUCGAGAAUGGCGCGCUCAUCGCCCUCUGGUACUUCUACAAGUCGGACUUCUACGAGUACGUGUGUGCCCCGCUGCUGGUGGCCCAGCUGCUGAUCUGCUACAGCCUGGCCGUGCUCUUCAUGCUACUCUUCUACCAGUUCUGCCACCCGUGUCGGCGCCUCUUCAGGCACAACGUGCACGACUGCCUGGCCUGCGUCUGCUGCUGUAUCUGCUGCCGUAGGGGCGGGGGGAGUGAGGAGCAGGGGCAACCCCAUUCCUAUUCCACCACCGCCACCAUGGUGCUGGUGCCACUGGAGCCGCCGGAACUGCAGCCCCCCGACCUAACCAGCCAGCUGGGGGAGCGGGAGUCGGCCAUCAUUGAAGACAUAAUGGAGGCAGCUUGAGAAGGCCCCAUUUGAUGAUAUGGGGUCACUGCGUGGUGCAACUACUGAACUAAUGGCUAUGUACACUCAGGACUGUUAUACUGUGAGUGGUGCAGAUAAGGAGACGGACAGAGCUGCUUGUUCUGCGGUGCACAGAGGACAAGUUGGUCCCAAGAUUUUUAUUGAUUCUCCUCGUUUUAGAAUAACACGUGCAUGCAGAGCUUUGGGGUCAAAAAGAUCAGCCGUGAUAUAGACAAUGUUGCAUCACUGUUGUUGAAUGGGCGUACUGUACAGGUAGAGAGGCAGUGGGCCACGGGAGACCAAAGACUGUACCCUGUUAAGAUAUGCAACCUUGAGAGAGCAGCACGGGGUCAGAUACAAUGGGGCCAGGUGUGUGGAAACAUGCGGCCUUGGGCCGACUUCCCCUUUAAACUGGGACUUCCCCUGCUUACCUUCUCAGGGGUUUACUUAAUUAAUAAACCCAACAUGUUGCAUUAGGUACCUUUCAUCCACACUUCCAAGGCCAUAUGUAACAUGAAGGAAAUAAAAGGUCAGAUGAAAUCAGAGCCACCUUCCUCAAACCCCACUCCACUCACUGUGUGUAUUUAUGAAUGGUUUGUAUUAUUAGUACCUGGCCUUGUUUUAUUUUGCCUUUGCACACAGUGGUUAAAAGUCAAACAUUUACAUUUACGUCAUUUAGCAGACGCUCUUAUCCAGAGCGACUUACAGUUAGUACAAACUUACAUGACAAACUGAGUGAGUCAUGCCGUGUUCACGUACUAGUCGGAACUAGGAACUAGGAAACUCUGAAAUGUCCAACUUGCUAACUGGUUGAACGCAGCACGACUUACAAGUCGGAAAUUUAUUCCAACUAGCACGUUAAAGUGUCAAUAGACAGUGAUCAUUUUAAGAACAAGUGGGUUAAAGAGACAAUGCAGAUUUUAUGUAAUCACACUUGUAAAUACAUAUAUUGUAAUUGAGAUGCAAUUCACAACUUUUUACGUUAAGUGAUGACUUGAUUAAAAACAUACAAAUCAUUGAUGCCUUAUCGGUAGCCUGAGCACCAGUGUCUUUAGCUAAUGUUCCACUCCUUUCCACUCCUUGUCAUUGGGAUUAGCUAAAGACACUGGUACCCAGGCUACCUUAAUGGUACCUUUAUGUCUGAAAUAUUGAAGUCCAUUAUUUGUCUGCUUUUUAAGUGUGUGGUCUGUUUCAAUAGCAUGUUAAGUGCCUUAACUACUGCAUUAUUACUUGAAUAAAAAAGGUAUUGAAUAAUAAAUGCUGUAAUAUAAAGAA